AUGGCUGGCGUGUAUGAGAAAAGUGUGACAGACUUCAGGAGAAAAUGGGACAAAGACGAAUACGAGAAGAUAGCCAAGGAGAAGCUGGAGGCGGAGCAGAUGGCUUUACUUGAGAAGGAACUCAAGGAGCCACCAGUGAAAAGAGAACUUCUGCAGCCUCGUGAGUACAAGGUUGAUCUUGAUUCAAAACUUGGAAAGUCUCAGGUGAUCACAAAGACAACUCCAGCCUCCCAGCAAGGAGGGUACUACUGCAAUGUGUGUGAUUGUGUGGUAAAAGAUUCCAUUAAUUUUCUGGAUCACAUCAAUGGCAAAAAACAUCAGAGAAAUUUAGGCAUGUCCAUGAAGAUUGAGAGAUCAUCUUUAGAUCAGGUGAAGAAAAGGUUUGAAAUGAAUGUGAAAAAACAGGAAGAGAAAAAGAAGGAAUAUGACUUUGAAGAAAGGAUGAAGGAACUAAAAGAAGAGGAAGAGAAACAGAAAGCAUACAGGAAGGAGAAGAGAAAGGAGAGGAAGAGGAAAGCUGAUGACUCCACUGUAGGACUGAAUAUUAAUGUUGAUCCAGACAUGGCUGCUGUGAUGGGAUUCUCUGGUUUUGGGACAACUAAACCCCCCACGUAACAAAGAGAUUAUCACCAGUGUGUUAGUGGACAAUAUUAAUUCUACUUCAGUGUUUUAGCUGUGUGGGCUUUGAUCAAGAACAUCAGAUAAAAUAUAGAUACACAAAUGGACAAACAUGUUAUAGUUUGGCAGAGUUCCUUAUGUAUACAUCAUUUAAUCUAAACAAAAGCAGAUUUCAUUGCAUUUUAUUUAUAAUUUAAAACAUGUCAUUUAUGAUGUCAGAUUUUGGACAUCACAAAUAGUAGAUCAGAAGCAGUACACUAGUGUAUUAUAUUCACUCUGGAUCAUGGAAUCAAAUAUAUGUCAUUUUUCACUCAAGUCUCAAUAAGGUAAGCAUAGGCUAUUUUGGGGACUAGAAUAUUACCAAUGCUGUCUGAACCACUGAGAAAAAUGUAGCAACCUCAUAAUGGUACAAAAAUCAUUUAAUCAGUAACUGUGUUUGAAGAUCCUUGGUGCCACAAAUAGUUAAAGGUUUAGUUGGUCAAUUAAUAUUCUCUGUAUAGUUUAAGGAUGAAGUCUGUCGCGCCAUAAGGUAAUACAUUAUGAUCUAUUGUUAAUUAGUAAAAAGAUGUGUGAAAGUGUGUAGAGGAAGUGUAUAUUGAAGUUGCUUGAGCAAGAGAAUGAGGUGAAACAUAUUUUUUUGUUCAAUAUUUGUAUAGGUCCAUUUUAUGCGAUAUGUGUAAUAAAAUAUCUUUUUGGUG